AUGCCAACCACCAUACAUCCAUCCCUGCCUGCCCUGAAUGUCUUUGCCAUACCAGAGGUCGCCGCCUACAAUAGACUGGCCGUCGCAAACACUGAUCCUGCUAAUUGGCAGUGGAGCGAGAAAUCUAAAGGAGCAUGGGAGUUGGCCCUGCAAGAUUUGCAAGAGUUUGCUGCUAGGUGGUAUGGAGCGAUGGCUGCUCAGUGUGCCACACUGGUCGAUCCCAAGCUCCUAUCCCUGCCCCUGCCUGCGCCCUUCAACAGCACUCUACCAUCAAUCAUCAUCUGCAAGUCUUAUGUAGAGAUGGCCAAUCAGCCAGGCAUUGGCAAGACCUUGUUCCAGUACUACCUCCUCUAUUUCCUUCUGCAACAGAAGCAGCUUGUGCUCUUCACCCUCACCUUAGUCAUCUCGCCACCACAAUCUCCAAGGAUUGUCCACAUAUCCUUCAAGACAGGCCGAUAA